AAAAUGGCUUCAUCAGCUGAAUAUGACUAUAAUUGUCCUGUGUGCUGUGAAAUCUUCAAGACUCCUGUUAUUUUAUCAUGUAGUCACAGUGUCUGUAAAGAGUGUCUUCAACAGUUCUGGAGAACCAAGAAAACUCAGGAGUGUCCCGUCUGCAGGAGAAGAUCCUCGAGAGAUUGUCCUCCAAUAAAUCUGGCAUUACAAAACUUGUGUGAGUCGUUCCUGAAGGAGAGAAAUGAGAGCCGUUCAUCAGGAUCUGAGGAGAUCUGCAGUUUACACAGUGAGAAACUCAAACUCUUCUGUCUGGAGGACAAACAAUCUGUGUGUGUAGAAUGCUUUACUUCACAAAAACACGUCAGUCACACAGUCAGACCCAUCAGUGAAGUUGUCCCUUCAUAUAAGGAGGAGCUCAAUACAGUACUGAAGUCCUUACAGGAGAAACUUAAAAAGAGAGAUCAAAUGAAAGGAAGGUUUGAGGAAACAGUUCAACACAUCAAGGGUUUUAACUCAGGAAAACACUGCUGGGAUGUGGAGGUUAAAGAGAGUUCACUCUGGAUUCUUGGAGUAACUACAGCAUCAAACCAGAGGAAGGGAGAUGUUUUCUUUGACACUGAUGUCUGGAGUGUGCAGUACCGAUCGUCUGAUCGGUUUGGUUUUCCUGUUAAACAGAAGCUUGAGCGUGUGAGAGUUGAUCUGGACUAUGACAGAGGAACGGUUUUAUUCUCUGAUCCUCAAUGCAAGUCAUACGCUAACGCUAAGAAAAUCCUGAAAGAAGCGGGGAUCCGAUUUCAGACCCCAUUCACUAAGAUGAGGAUUCACUGGGACAGUGGAGUAAAAACGUACAACGAAGCGAAGGAAGUGGAGAAAGAUCUGCGCGAUAGAGGAUAUUUAGUGGCUGAUACCGGAGAUGCAGCUGGCCCCACAACGUCACUGGAACGACUCGAGGCGAGGAAUAGGUCAGCAUGGCAGCAGGCCGGCAGAGAGCGGAGAGCACAGGCAAGCAGAAGGGCACGGAAACGGCUGGAGGAUUUUCGGCGAAAGAACCCGGUGAAUUUGUAA